UGCGUGAUGCUCUGACUUGGCUAACUUCAUGCAAUGACGGAUGCUGAGCUGUGUCCCACCCCCUCGCCCCAUACGGAUGCUCUUCCAUGGUGCCAACAGACGGGCAUUACACGGGCGAGAAAAACAACAAACAGCCUUCAUCACUACAGUUCAGAUCAUCUCUGGUGUAGGUCGGUGUUGAUGUCUGAGUGCUGCCAUGGCAAACAGGGGACCAAGCUAUGGGCUCAGCCGUGAGGUCCAAGAGAAGAUUGAGCAGAAGUAUGAUGCUGAGCUGGAGGCUAGGCUGGUGGAAUGGAUCCUUGUCCAGUGUGGAAACGACCUGGAACGGCCAGAACCUGGCAAACAGAACUUCCAGAAAUGGCUCAUGAGUGGAACAAUUCUGUGUCGUCUCAUCAACAGUCUUUACCCCAGUGGAAUGGAGCCCAUUAAGAAAAUUACAGAAAGUAAAAUGGUCUUUAAACAAAUGGAGAAGAUUUCUCAGUUCUUGCAGGCUGCUGAAGAAUAUGGAGUCACCAGAGGAGAUAUAUUCCAAACCGUUGAUCUUUGGGAAGGAAAGGACAUGGCUGCAGUCCAGAGGACACUGAUGGCUUUGGGAAGUGAAGCUCUAACAAAGGAUGACGGUCAUUAUCUUGGAAACAAAGACUGGUUUCAUAGGAAAACAAAGGGAAACAAGAGGGAGUUUUCUGAGGAACAGCUGCGUCAAGGCCGUAGUCUAAUUGGCUUUCAGAUGGGAAGCAAUCGUGGAGCAUCACAGGCUGGCAUGACGGGGUAUGGCACCCCACGCCAAAUCAUGCGGUAUGACUCUCCUCGACACAAUGGAGAUGAAACCAAUCCCUAAAUACAACACUGUUGGGUAUGAUUUAAAAUCUCUAUUGGAGAUAAACAGUCAGUUGUAGAAGGACCAUGUACAUGUGUGUACCAUAUUUACAGUGCUGUGAGAAAUUAUGCACACCCCAUGAAAGGUUUUAUUUUUUAUUUAUUUUUAUUUUAUUUUUUUUACAUAUGUUGGCAUAUCAAAAUCGGAGCUUUAUUUAGACCGUAUUAAUGAGUGAAGGUGAUCAUUUAACAAAUAAAAUGUGAAAAUUUGACUUUAUUCAACAAAACUAUCUACAGAAAUGUCUUCUGUGUAAAAAAUAAGCAAACCUUUACAUUCAGUAGCUGGCAUUUCCCCUUUAGAAAUACCUUCUUGUAAAAAAAAUUUGUUGUUAGUCUCUUAUUCUGUGUUGCAGAACUCCAUGAGGGGUUUCUUGCAUGUAGUGUAUGGCCCGCGUCAAGUCCUCCUACAGCAUUUCAGUUGAAUUGAGAUCUGGACUUUGACUUGACGAUUCCAAACCCCUCCAUUUCUUUUUUUGAGCCACACCUUUGUGGAUUUGCUUGCUUCUUUUGGGUCAUUAUCAUUAUCAAAUAUCCACUUUGCAAGUUUGCUGGACCCUUAAGCAGCAAAACAGCCCCCAUACCAAGCCCAAAGUUGUUACAAGGUUGUUUUUCUCAAAUCCAGUUUGGUUUUCGCCAAACAUGGGGCCCUUUUUUCAUACCUGCAUUAGGUGCAGGGCUAUGAGCAACAACUAUGCUACAUCUUAUCCAAUUUUCAUGAGAGUGCUAAAUUUGAAGUGCAUUUUUCAUGCCAGGGCAACAUGCAGCUAGGCAUGGGUGAGACCUGAUUCUAAUUUUUGGCACUUACAGUAUAGUAAGUGAUACAAUAAAUGUAGGGGUGUAAUGAAUUUCUUUGAACAUGGUCAUCUCUGUUUAAGCUAUACACAUUUUUACAAAAUGUACAUUCAAAGUGUCAUUUGUUAAAUUUAAUUGCUUUUUAUAUCUCUAUGUUCUAAUAUGCAAAAAAAAAAAAAAAAAGAAAAAGAAAAUAAUACACUUGUCAUGGGGUGUACUUACCUUUUCACAUCCCUGUAUAGAGUGGACUUACACCAGCCCUAGAUUACCCACAUUAGUGUUAUUUCUUCACCCACAGUGCACCAGUGUCCAAAACAAAAGUUCACAAUACACAUCUAAAACUGAAUUAAAACUAUUCAAUAUUAAAUGUAAUAAUAAAUUGUGGAUGUUUCUAAAUGCGUACCCCUUUAAGAAUGGUAAGCUAACAUGCAGUCUUUACAGGUCAAAUGUCAAGUCCUGCAUACUGUGCAACAGGAAUGUUCUAAAGAAUUUGUUUUAUUUAUUUUUUUUAAUCUAGAAGCCAUAUAGAACUAAUUAUUGUGUUUAAAGAUGUCAUAUUAAAAGAAUAGUUCACCCCAAAAUAAAAUGACAUUAUUUACUCACCUUGUCGUUCCAAACCCCAUAAUUAUUUUCAGAAUUUUCAUUUUUGGGUGAACUAUUUUUACCAUUAACCUUCAAUAUUCAAAAAAUGUCAAAGUGCUCAAAACAAGAAUGACCCUAGUCUCACUGUAUAUGGUUGAGGUAAUACUUUGUGAAGUGACAAACAAAUGUAUACUGUUGAUGCAUAAUGUCUCACUACAAAGAUACACGUAUUUUACAGUAACCUGCUACCAGAAUGCUGCAAACUGACAGACUCGUGUCAUUCUAAAUUGUCUUUACAAAAUGUAAUUGUACUGCACAUUUUUGUGAUGUUACUGCAGAUAACUGAUGCCAUAGAUUCAUGUGAUAUGCUGUACAAUCAUAUACUAAUCCAGUUGUGGUAUUUAUGAAAUGUCAAUUAAAAAUGCAUCUAUUUUCAACUUCUUUUGCAUUAACUAACAAGCAUGUGCUUCUUAUGCUUUAUGAUUGUAUUACAGAUUAUUACACCAUUAUUUAUUGUGAAAUUUAAUGUAUAUAACUACAUAUACUGUCCCUUUGACAAUCAAAACACUUUCCAAUUUUGACAAUUGGUCAACAUGUUUAGCUAAAUCCAGUAGUACAUUUUUUUUUCUUCAUUUUAAAUGCUGCUCAUUUCUUUAAAAAAUGGAAUAGUCUUCAUCGUAAAUUUUCACUUCUACCACAGUACAUGAUUUAUUAUUAACAUUAGGUUUUUAUUUGUAUUUUAUUUUAUUUCUUUUAUUAGUUUUAGAGCAUUUGCUUCACAAUAAAUUAUUCAAGGUUUAAUUGAUUUAGAUUUAAUGGAAUGUAGUACCCACUUUUUUUUUGACAGCAUGGUUUGGCUGCAUUGAAAAUUAACAGGAGCAAAUACUGUGCGGUUUUACCAUUUAAGAUGGUUCAGUGUUAAGAUGACAGUUAGACCAGCAUUGGCAAACAUUGAGACACAUGUUUGCGUAUCCAUCUGAAUUGGGACUUGUAAUUUUUUUUUUAAUAUAAAGCUAAUUAUAAUUACUACAGACUAACCUUAACUCACACCCUACCCCUAAAAGAAAACAUUUUGGACAGAAAUAAAGUGUGUGCUUUGAGGACGUCCCUGAAGGUUCCCAAAGUGAGGUCUGAUUUAGCUCUCUUUUAGGGACAUUUUUAUCUCCAAAGUAUAGCCAAGUACAUAUGCACACACGCAUGCACGCGCACACAUCAUUUCAGACCAUGACCACUGAAGAGUCUUGCAUAACUUCUUAUGGUAACCUGAUAAACAGCUGACAGUAAACAUGCUCCAUAGAAAGAGUAGUAAGCCAUAAUUUUUAAACAAAGAAGUUUAUUUCAAGAGCUUACUAUUACGCAGUCAUUGAGCUGUGAUGAAGUGACAAACAUUUAAUUUUGUUUACUGAUACACAUCCAAACCAUCAGAACGACUUCACAAGUUUGUACACAUCCGUGUCUCUCUCACUCUCAUGGCGCUUUCAAAAACAAAACCUUUAAACAGUAAUAAUAUGAAAUGUAACUGUAAUCAAAACAAAUGAUAAUAAAAAAUUAAUCAAAAGUACAA